GGGCUCCCCACCCGCCGCACGCGCCGCCCCGGCGGGCUUAUAAACAGCGCCCCGGCGCCUGCAGAUCACUGUGGUUCUACUUCUUUCGGAAGAAGUCUCGCCCUGCGCGGACCGGGAACCGCGCCCUCGCCAACCUAGAACCCAGCGGGAGCCGCAGACCCCCCCGCGCAGUUGGCCGCCUAUCCACUCGGUUGCCGUCGCGGUUGACUUUAAAUCUGAACACAGCGGUCGGGGUCAGUGGGACCUGCCCUCUGGACCCGGAGCCGAGUGGGAAACCGAAACCGCUGGGCUCCGCUAACGGCGGCGGGAGAGCGCGCGCUCGCGAACCCCGCGCCCCGCCCGAGCGCCGCCCGCGCCCGCCCCCGGGCUCCGUAAGUUUCGAUUCCUCCCCGAGCCGAGUCGCGCGCCGCGGCCAGUCCAGCGCAGAGCAGCGCCAUGGCGGACCCGGAGGUGUGCAGCUUCAUCACCAAAAUCCUGUGCGCCCACGGGGGCCGCAUGGCCCUGGACGCGCUGCUCGACGAGAUCGCGCUCUCCGAAGCGCAGCUCCUCGAGGUGCUGGAGGCGGCGGGGCCCAGCCGCUUCGUGGUGCUGGAGACCGGCGGCAGGGCCGGGGUCACCCGGUUCGUGGUGGCCACCACCGCAGCUCGGGUCUGCCGUCGCAAGUUCUGCCAGACGGACUGCGGAAACCUGCACCUCUGCAAGCUCAACCUGCUGGGCCGGUGCCACUAUACGCACUCGGAUCGACAUUUGUGCAAAUAUUCUCACGAUGUUCUCUCAGAAGACAACUUUAUAGUCCUGAAACGUCAUCAGAUCUCUGGACUGAACAAAGAAGAAUUAGCAGUGCUUCUCGUCCAAAGUGACCCUUUUUUUAUGCCUGAGAUAUGCAAAAGUUAUAAGGGAGAAGGUCGAAAGCAGAUUUGUGGCCAUCAGCCCAUGUGCGAAAGACUCCACAUCUGUGAACACUUCACCCGAGGGAACUGUGGUUUUACCAACUGCCUCCGGUCUCAUAACCUAAUGGACAGAAAGGUGCUGGAGAUGAUGAGGGAGCACGGACUGAGCCGGGAAGUGGUGCAGAACAUCCAGGACAUCUGCAACAGCAAGCACAGCCGGAGAAGGCCCGGGUUGAGAGGUCCUGCACGUAACCGGGACCCAGCAGCGAGAGGUAGAAGCAAGAGUAGAGAUCGGUUCUUUCUGGUCAAUCAGGAGUUCCUUCCAUCUGCCCCAGCUUCAACUGAGACACCCAGCACACCCAGUGCAGAUCAGAUCGGCCGCAGGUCUCCCCAGGAUGAUGAGCCUGUAGAGGAUCUCACCUGCAAGUUCAAGCAUUUGGGAAGUCAAGAUGGCCCUCAGCCUUCCUCAGCCUCACCCAAGGCCACCAGUCUGGGAGGAAGCAGGCCAGUGGGAGGAACCCAGAAGUUUUCAGAGAAUGGCAAUCUAGAGGACCUCUUCUAUGACAGUACAGCCAGCAGUCACCUCACUUCUGAUUUGACACCCACUUUCAACCAGAAGGUGCCCACAUCCUGGCCGAAUGACCAAGGCACCAGUAGAGAGAAUUUGUUUUCUCCGAGUCAGGCUGCCUCAUAUUCUCCUCUUGGUUCUCUGCAAACACCUAACACCGUGACCACCAGAAAAGGUGUGGGCAUGCUGUCCCCGGGCCACACGAAUGUCGAGGGCAGAAGUGGGAAUCCAGAAGCCCAGCAUUUCCCACUUUCUAAUAAUAAUUUGGAUGGGAUGGCCACAGACACCAUGUCCACGAGAUCUUUAAAUUACAAAACCGCAACCAGUAGGCAGAGAGAAAAUUCAUUACCUAGGAAUCAGGAAAUCAGAACCACUCACCCUACUCUGGACCCCAUCAUUGUAGAUGAUGGUAAACACAGAGAGCAGGUAUUUUUCCACAACACAACAAAUGGCUCGACUAAAGUUACAUUUGAAUCUACUGAUGCCACUGAUUUUGACUUAACGUCGGCAGUCAGAGUCAGGGUAGAUAAAGAUGUGUUAGGCUCUGCAAGUCAGAAUCUGAGACCCCAGGCCCUGCGCACACUGGGGGAGACCACUGCCCACACAUUAGUGAGCACUGUGUCCAAAGUACCACCUGUGACGCCUUCCUCAAACAAUGGAGCUACAGCCCCUGCGGCCCAUGUUCAGAACCCUGCUCAAAUGCCUGUCACCUCUGCCAGCGAGCUUGCCCGGAGGACACCCGGCCGUGCGUUGAAUUCUGUAUCUGACGUCACAAAUACCAUGGAUGAUCCUGGUUCAAAGGAAAUUUGUCUUGACCAUCUGAAUAACAGUUGUCUAUAUAAAGGCUGCAACAAGGUUCACUUCCACCUGCCAUACCGGUGGCAGGUGAUGAAUGCCAACACCUGGGUGGACCUCCAGCCCAUGGAGAGUAUUGAGAAGGCCUAUUGUGACCCCCAAAUCUGCAUCAUACCUUUCGGAAAUUUAAAAAUCAAUUUCCAGAAAAUGACUUGUGGUUCUGAUCCCAUCCGACGCAUCUCCACACCGUCGUCCGUCACACUGCCGGAUAAUUCUGUCUUCACCACAAAAUGGAUUUGGUAUUGGAAGAGUGGAAGUCACAGAUGGGUUCCGUAUGGGGAGAAGGGUGACAGUCGGCAAAUUUCGAGCAUCGAUUCCUCAUACCUGGAGUCUGUCUUCCUCUGCUCUCCGAGGGGCAUUGUGCCGUUUCAGGCGGGUUCUGAGAACUUUGAGUUGAGUUUCCAAGGGAUGAUGCAGACAAACAUCAUUUCCAAGACCCAAAAGGAUGUUGCCAGAAGACCAACAUUUGUGUCUGCCCGGGAUGUGGCGCAGAUGAAAAGAGGGCCAGAGUAAGUGUUUUGAGGCAGUGCUUGCUGGCAGGUGUUUGCGGCGGUCACACACUGAUCCCAUCGACCCACUCGAGUUUGGAGCCUGUUUUCUUCUCUUUUUAAGAUACGUUUUUAUUGAUUUUUGAGAGAGGGGAUGGGAGAGGGAUAGAGAGGUAGAAGCAACUGGGAAUCAAACUGGUGACCUCUUGGUUCAUGGAUCGAUGCUCAACCACUGAGCCACAGCGGUUGGGCGGGAGCCUGUUGUCUUGAUGUUCCUGCUUGCAUUCCAUUGCAGCUCCCUUUUGCAUUGCCUGUGAGUGAGGUGUUUUGAAGCAGCACAGUGUGAUGGGAGGAAUACUAGCGUAGGACAUCUAUCUCUAACUUAUAGGGGACUUUGGGUAAAUCUCUUCACUCCCCUGGGGCUCAGCUUCCGUAGCUGGGAAUGGCUGGAUUACUGGGGUGUGCCUAGAAAAUGGUCAAAAGCGCUGAGUGUGGUUUUGCUGUGGGUUCUUGUGUGUAUCCUUAGUUUUGUUGAGAGAAUUUAUAAAGGUGGGAGGCUGUGGAAGAAAUGGAAAGAAAAAAGUGUUGAGGUAGCUGAGCAAGGGGAUUUGGAGAAAGAUAAAGUUGACAAAGGGGAUUUUUAAAGGAAACUUUGCUGUGGGGGAUUCAAUGUAACUCUCCUCUGUGUGCUCAUGAAACUCAGUAAAAUCUGCAUUAUCCAUGAA